UCGUAUGUAAUGCGCGUACAGCAACCGUAUUUGUUUUCUUUACGAUCAAUGAUAAUGUUUUUGUUAUGAUAGGCCAUAAUGUGAACAUUUACAGUAUUUUGUGUAAACAGUGAUGCUAUAUGUAACAGAUUAGAGGACACACGAAAUCCCUGUGCGAUCAUUUUGGUAAAAUUUCCUGCUCGUGAAUUGUUGACAAAAUAGCAGCUGAAAACUAGUAGGUGCAUUGUGUAGUCGUGUGAUCGAGAUAUUGAUAAUAUUUUCUUAUCGAGUGUAUAAUGUGAACACAACACUUCUCGUAGUAAAUUGUGUGUUACUCUAGUUUAUUGUUGUGAUACAGAGUGUUUCACCAUGGGGUCGACGGGUCUGACUCUUGCCGAUUUGCCGAAUAUAUUUAUAAUGAUCGGCGCUCUAGUUGCAUUGUUUGCAAUGCUUGUUAUUCUUCUCAAAAACAUGGAAGUUAUAGGUAUAGUAGGAGAGGGCCGGGACGACCCCUGGCCACGAACGAUACAGCCACCCCGACUCAUGAUGCAGCGGGUUCACAUACCUUUCACAUUCAAGUUGAAAGAAAACGAGCCUAUAGAAUACAGUGGUGUGACGUGCUGCGUGUCGUCGACGGUGCGGUACUGGCGGGCGAGCUGGUGGGGCGCGCCCGUGCGGGAGCUGCACCAGACGCUGUGGGGCACGCUGCCCGAGAUCCUGGAGUCGUCGCAUCUCAACUUCACCAGGUACAACCCUCACGACGAGAGUGAAAUGCGACUAUCGUCGGAGGCGCUGCAGCUGGGCGCGCCGCCGCGCAGCUGCUACCCGCUGGUGGUGAUACUGGCGCGCGACCGCCGCGACACCGCCGAGCUGAGGCCCGACGACACCGUGGCGCUAGUGAGCGUGGUGCACAUCCGGGACGAGCAGUGCAACCUGCCCAGCGGUGUCAUAGCGCAGUACCUCAAGCAGGCUAACGGACACCUGUCGUGUUUGAAGCAACUGUACGUAUCCGGGGAGGCGGGGUCUGAGGCGGAGUCGGGGGCGGAGUGCGGGGGGAGCCCGGAGCUGUCGGGCGCGGCGCUGUGCUGCGUGUGCGCCGCCGCGCCGCUCUCCCGCGCGCUGCUGCCAUGCCGACACGCCUGCCUGUGCGCGCGAUGUCUACCUAAACUGGACAAGUGUCCGAUCUGCCGCAGCGCCAUCAACAGCUACUUCUGCAUCCGCAACGAGGGCGACGACGGCGCCGACAUCAAACAGCACUACCCCAUCAACAGGCGAAUACUCAACCUCUUCCACUACCACUAGACAACGGUACAACUGUGCAGUUUGGCCGUACACAUGUUAUAUCUUCAUACUGCCCGCAGGUAGUAUGAAGACGUACAUAUAGCUAUGAGCUGUGUGUGACAUCUUACACGCAAAAUAAACGGGAAACCGUACAUUUAUUCGUUAAGUAGCCUAUCCCUUUUGAUGGUCUAUUAUUAUAUAUGUGCCAAGUGUCGACAAAAUUGGUUCAGUUGUUCGUGUGAUAGCGUGUCCAAGCAAAGAUUAUUACUGCAUAUAUUUAGACCCAUGUAGUAUAAAAAUGCGCCAAUGUUCUUUGUAAAAUAUAAUAAACACUGUGGCCGAACUGUACGGUUUUAACGUUACGCGUGUAGCAAGAUAAAUACUGGAGUAAGUACACGUCUCGAAGUACGUUGAUAAAAUAUAUGCAGGUUGUAUUGCUUGUAUAACUUGUUAUAGAGAAGGGCUUGAGACAAAACCGAAUCUAAAUUGAAACAAAUAUAACUGGCGAACACUGAUAUCUCUGAGUUUUAUCUCUAUCACUUGACAAAGAUAGAAAAAGACAAAACUGCCGAAUAUUCUUUCGCUCACUUAGAAGUAUGUAAAACAGGCCCAGGUCUAAAGUAGGUGUCGCAUUUUAACAAACCUAGCAUGUAUGCGCCUGUUCUAUAAUAACACGUGAAAAAUAACACGUAAACGACGAUAUUUUAUGCGAUUUACCCAAACAUAAUCUUGAUUUGUUAAUAUCAUGAUGACAAUUAUAAAAAUGCAAUAAACUUGUAUUAGAUUUCCCAUUAACACAAAGAUUUAAUUAAAUAUUAUUUAAACUGAACGUCUUAAGCACGCUUUGCGCCGUUUCACGGGUUAUUUAAGUACGCCGCAUAACAAAUUCGUCAUAGGAACAUGGUACAGUCACAGAGUAUAUGACAUUACAAAGUAUACAAAUGUGUCACAGUAUGAUGAUAAUAAUUAAUGGGCAUUGUCCAAAAAAAAUCAC